UGCGUGAAUGAGCAAGAGAAGAGCAUGAACAUCUGUGUAACACUAAAAUUGUUGUUGCUGCUUUUUGCUUGCCUCUUGGAACAAACUGUAUGGGCAGAAGAUGAACCGAACUGUGGCUAUUUGAAUGAAGUGAGCUAUGCGAAUCCAACGCAUGUUGCCGACUUGAGCGAAUUUCCCUGGAUAGGCCGAGUGGGUUAUCAGACUGAUCAUGGCAUCGAGUACAAGUGUCUGGCUGUGUUGAUCUCUAAACAACAUUUGUUGGCGCCUGCUGAAUGUUUCGUUGAGAAGAAACUUAUUGAAACACAAGUAAAAUGGGUUUUGCUGGGUGAUUGGAAUCCAAGAAAUCCCUAUUUGGAGCCAGACUGUGACUCUCAGCAGCGUUGCAAUCCAGAGACGCAGCUAAUGGAGAUCGAGGAGAUCAUAAUACAACCGAAUUACAAUAAUCCAUCGUUUGCCAGCAAUAUUGCUCUAUUGAAACUCGUCCAAAGUGUUAACUUCAGCAGCCACAUUCGUUCUAUUUGCCUGCGAGCCAACAAAUCCAUCUCUUAUUUUGGUCAAUAUUUUCAUUUUGGAGGAUUUGCUGUCAAUGCCAGCAUUCCACACAAGUUAAAAGGUACUACACAAAUUCAAAAACCUCUGCGCACUCGAGCAACUCUCUAUGGCUACAACUACAUAAGUGAGGCAAUAUCCGUAUCACUGAGUGCUCUCUGUGGCGACAGUAAUCAGACCACGCCGUUACUCAGAGGAUCUCCACUGAUGGCUGUGAAUGUGGUGGGAGGGAAGCCACAAAGCUACGUACUCGUUGGUUUACUACAGAUUAUGAAGAAUGAAAAAAAUUCCCUCGUCUUUAUCAAAGUACAACCGCACAUCGAAUGGAUAAAAAAUAGUAUUCAAAGCAUGACAGACACAGAUUAAAACAUAUUCCAAGAAUUCUUACUGAGAUCCCAGAAUACUUAUGAUGAUGUCAGUCAACAUUUUUCAGAAGUAAAUAUCUUAACUCUGUACUCAUUUAACUUAAAUUAAAAUUAGUACAAGAUACUAUUCAAAAUUUAUUUGUUGCACUCAGCCCACAUUUUUUUAAGCAGUUUAAACUCAUUGACAAAAAACAAAAGUAGAAAUAACUUUAUAAGCUCAUCUAUAACUUCAGAUAAGAAUAAAAUCCAAUUAGAAAAUUAAAGUGAAAAUUUGCACUUCGAUAUGAUAAAUAAAAUAAAUGUAAAUUGUAAUGAAUUAAUAAUGA